CCGUAGCUCGAAUAGAGGGGCGUGUUCUGCACACCGGACAGUAAACAAGCCUGUUUUCCUUCUGUACCGUUAGACACGUAGUGGUCAGUGAAGUACAACAACAUAACGCAAGCCCAAUGCGUUGGUUAAACGCCAGCCGUGCUGCACUCGGAGCUGUCAGACGCUACAACCCUGGUCCCUCAUCAGCUGCUACUGUAUCAUGGCUUUCUACCAAGAGCUGCUGGCUGGGAGACCAGAACAUCUUGCUCAUGGGCCCGCCCGGAGCAGGGAAGACAUCCGUGGGGAGAAUAGUCGCCCAAAGACUCGGGCUUCCCGCCAUCGACGUCGAUGACGACGUCCUGGAGAAGGCGUGGAGGAUGCCCGUCGCCACCAAGCUGGCGGCCGUCGGCGGCGAGUGUUUCCUGGAGGAGGAGGGACAAGCACUGUGCAGCUUCUCCGCGGCGGGGAGCGUGGUCUCCCUGAGCGGCUCCAACCCUCUGCACGCCGCCGCCAUGCAACACGUGGCGCGGAGCGGCGUGGUGGUGUACCUGGACGUGGCGGCGGAGGACAUCCUCCAGAGGCUGUCCCUGAUGAAGGUGAACCGCAUCGUGGGGCAGGAGGCGGGCGUGUCCAUGCGGGACAUCCUGGGCUACAGGAAACAGUUCUACGAGCGGUGGCUGGACAUCAGGGUGUUGUGUGGCGUCGGGGACACGGUGGAGCAGGUGGCGGACAAGGUGGUGACCGCCGUGGAGAGGUACCACCACCCGGACGCGGAGACCUACGUGUCGACCCGGGGCGACUCUGAGUCCCCCGCCCGCAGCAGGACACACUUCAGCGACGUGGUGAUCGAAGGCCUGGCCCCGGACGGCGGCCUCUACGUCCCCCGAGGGGGCUUCCCCAAGAUCGACGCCCGGGAGUGGCUGAGGCUGGCGGGCAUGUCGUACGCCGAGCUGGCCUCGGCCAUCCUGGAGAAGUGCAUCCACCCGUCGGACGUCCCGGCGGCGGACCUCCGGGCGAUGACGGCGCGGGCGUACGGCGACAACUUCUCCAGCCCCGCCGUGGCGCCCGUGAGACACCUGGAGGGGAACCAGUACGUCCAGGAGCUCUUCCACGGCCCCACGGCCUCCUUCAAGGACCUGGCGCUGCAGCUGAUGCCCCAGCUCUUCUCCCACUGCCUACCGCCCGACUGCAACUUCCUGGUGCUGGUCGCCACGUCCGGGGACACGGGCAGCGCCGUGCUCAGCGGCUUCGGGGGGCUCGGCGGUGGCGGGGGCGAGGCCCGGGGCAGGACGGGCGUGCUGGUGUUCUACCCCCAGGACGGUGUCAGCGACGUCCAGAAGCUGCAGAUGGCGUCGUAUCGCGAGGGCAACGCCAGGGCGGUCAGCGUGCGCGCCGACUUCGACUUCUGCCAGCGCUCCAUCAAGAGGAUGUUCAGGGAGGGCGGGCUGGCGGGCCACCUGGCAGUGGAGUACGGCACGGUGCUCAGCACGGCCAACUCCAUCAACUGGGCCCGGCUGCUGCCGCAGGUCGUGUACCACGCCUCCGCCUACCUGUCUCUCUUCCGGGAGGGUGUGGUCCGGUUCGGCGAGCCCGUGGACUUCUGCGUCCCCAGCGGGAACUUCGGCAACGCCAUGUCUGCGCUGUACGCCAAGCGCAUGGGCCUGCCCGUCGGGAAGGUCAUCUGCGCCUCCAACCGCAACCGGGUCAUCGCCGACUUCAUCAACACGGGCGAGUUCGACCUGCGGGGCCGCCCGCUCGCCGCCACCGCCUCGCCCGCCAUCGACAUCCUGAAGCCCUCCAACAUGGAGCGCUUCCUGUGGCACGCCAGUGGUGGGGACGGGCGCCUGGUGGCGGAGCUGUACGGCCGGCUGGAGCGCGAGCAGCGCUUCGUCGUCGCCCCCUCGCUGCUCGCCGCCGUGCAAGAGGAGGUGCAGGCGGGCUGGUGCGGUGAACGGGAGUGCGCGGCCGUCAUCCGGGACGUGCACCGGCGAACGGGCUACCUGAUGGACCCGCACACGGCGGUGGCCAAGGCGGUGGCGGACCGGCUGCAGGGCGGCAGGGCGCCCGUGGUCAUCUGCUCCACCGCGCACUACGGGAAGUUCGGGCCGGCGGUGCUCGGCGCGCUUCAGGUCGAGCCGGCCCCCAAGGACCCCCUGGAGCAGCUGCAGAGGCUGGGGUCUCUGGCGCGGUGCGGGCCGGGGGUCCACCGGCAGGUGGUCCGCUGCGUGGAGGGGGGCAGCGGGCAGCGGCCCCGGGUCUGUCCUGCAGAGUACGGAGCUCUGGUGGAGCAGGUGGAGGACAUGGUGGAGGCCUGCUUCCUCAGAGUCAUGUAGACACACGCUCUCUGUGAUGGAGCUGGAUUCAUUGCAUUGGACUGAAUUCUAUUCACAUCAUGUAUAAUGAUAUUAAUUCAUUGCAUUGCAUUUAUUGAAUGAAGAACUCAAAGUACAUUACAAAAUAAUGCACAAUAAUAAUAAUCAUAAUAAUAAUAAUAAUAAUAAUAAUAAUAUAUAUCUCUUGUGUUGCCUGUUCCAAAAGAGGUUAUGCUUGUGUUUAAGAAUCAGCUCUGCUACAAAUACAUCUGUUUGCCACUAGAUGGCGCUAUCUACCUCAUGGUCUUGCCAGUCAGCGUGAUACUGUAAUGGUCUACUGUAAAAUAAGAAUGUCAAUGAAACAAGACUGGGACAAUGGAAACAGAUCUAUUUCAACCUCCCUCAGACCAUCUCCACGGUCUUGAAUGAUGCCAUCAUCCAUCGAGCCUCCAGACCAUAUAUCUCACAAAGUCCUGUGACUGUCAGAACUUAUAGCCAUAACUAAUGUUCGGUUGAGUUGACAUUGUGAAUAGGAGGGACAGUGUAAUCAAUAUGUCUGUAUCCUAAUUGUUAUUUCAACAUUCUAUAAUUACACAUUUUCAAUGUGUAUAUUUUUCAAACAUAACUAUUGAAAAAGGGAUUUCAAAUAGCUAGUUUUUGCAUACUGAAAUAUUUUUGCAAAUAAACUACAAAUAUCACAGAU